CAAAGCCAACCCUUUAUAUUUUUUUUAUAAAGGAUUGGCUUUAUAACAAAAUAAUGUACAGAGUCAAGGUUAAUUAUGAAAGCUUAUUCGUUCAAGGUGAACGUUACGUCGCUAUUAGUUGUGGUCGUGAAAAAAAAGAUAGCUUUAUUUUGAAACGUAUUUAUUUAGCGGAUUCGCUUUUUUCUUCUACUAGUUUUGCUGAUGACGUUAAACUACAACCUCAGUUGUGAGGACCGACGACGAUAAAUUAAAACCACAGGCUACGAAACAAGGCAGGUGGAUUAGUCAGUCUGCUCAGCGCUACUGUUUAUUUGACUGUAACGUCCAGGGACGCGAUAUGUGACGCUCAGCGUCAUCAAAAGCGAUUAAAGCUAUUGCAGACCUGUCAAUAGCGCAGUCUGAACGGCAAACGGACACACGGCUCUGUGAUGUUUUCACCUUUGUCAGUGUUGUGAAGCCUGCAGACCUGAACGCAAGCAGCACUGAGGCUAUCACUAGUGUGCGAAAGCUUUACGCUCCAGCUCUCCACGCAGGCGUCAUGUCUUCCAGAGACCGUCGAUCAGACGUCUACAUAAAGGCGGAACCCAGUAGUCCAGAGGGAGGCGGGGGAGGCCGUAUCAGCCCUGGUGGAGCCUCCUCGGACUCUUCGCAAAGUGGAAUUAGGGGCGACAGCACCAAACGUUACUCUCCGCCGCUGUACACACAAGGACUGCGUUGCAACUUUAAAGACGAAGGAGGGGACGGCGCCGACGAGGGAUCAACGGGCAACGGAGCAGGACGAUGCAAGUACGCCCUGAGCACGCUACCGAAGAGGCUUUGUUUAGUGUGUGGAGACGUUGCUUCAGGUUACCACUACGGAGUCGCAUCAUGUGAGGCCUGCAAGGCGUUCUUUAAAAGGACCAUCCAAGGCAACAUCGAAUACAGCUGUCCAGCCUCGAAUGAGUGUGAGAUCACCAAAAGACGCAGAAAGGCCUGCCAAGCAUGUCGCUUUACCAAGUGCCUCAAAGUAGGCAUGUUAAAGGAGGGAGUGCGUCUCGACAGGGUCCGGGGAGGAAGACAAAAGUAUAAAAGACGGCCAGAAGUGGAGAAUGCAACAUACCAGAGUGCACCUCUGCCGCUAACAAAGGAGAGUGAAAAAGGUUCGUCCAACAUCAUCGUAUCCCACCUCCUAGUGGCAGAGCCGGAGAAGUUGUUUGCAAUGCCAGACCCCCUGCAGCCUGACACAGCCCAGCGGACGCUCACCACCCUCUGUGACCUCGCCGACCGUGAGCUGGUGGUAAUCAUCGGUUGGGCCAAACACAUUCCAGGCUUUCUGUCAUUGUCUCUAGCUGACCAGAUGUCAGUGCUGCAGUCAGUGUGGCUGGAGGUGCUGGUGCUGGGCGUCGCAUACCGCUCGCUUGGUUGCGAGGAUGAGGUUGUGUUCGCAGAGGAUUUUGUCCUGGACGAGGAAAUGUCACGCCUUGCAGGACUGACAGAGCUAAACGCAGCAAUAAGUCAACUUGCCCGGCGUUUCCGGUCCCUAAAUUUAGAUCGGGAGGAAUUUGUCAUGCUUAAAGCCAUUGCACUGACUAACUCUGACUCUGUUUACAUCGAAGAUAUAGAAGCUGUGCAAAAGCUGCGGGACCUCCUUCAUCAGGCCCUGCUGGAGCUGGAGUGUCAGCGGCGGCCCGACGACCCUCAGCGAGCGGGACGUCUCCUUUUAACACUGCCCCUCCUCCGACAAACUGCUGGCCGCGCUCUUACCACGUUCUACAGCAUCAAGACCCGUGGAGGAGUACCCAUGCACAAACUAUUUCUGGAGAUGCUAGAAGCCAUGAUGGAUUCACCCUAGAGCAAAAACAGCAACAGCAGCAGCAGCAGAAAAAAAAAAAGAAUGUAAUAAAAGAUUUACAUUGACACAAACAUAGAUCAGAUCUUCUAAAGUAGAUAAGCGAUCUGGGAUGAUGAGACAUUUUUUGCAAAAGGAAAGUAAUCAGGUAGAUGUUCCUUAAUCCCAGAGGCUACCUGAAGAAAGAAAAACCUCGUCUCCGAGUGGUAUCGCUCUGCUUUGGAAGUGGGAUGUAACUGCCAAACUUCAGUUAAAGGAUUUCAAGAUACCCGAGUGAAUAAUGUAACAAAAGUCCCACAACAUUCGACCCUAUUUAAGUUGCGCCGUCUUGUCACAGCAACGAACGAGGAAGAACAACUUCGAACUGUAGGUACCCCCCCCCCCCCGAGAAAAGACUGCGACUGUGGUUCUCCGAUCUCUUUAAGAGAUGAUGCAACGUCUGCUUACAAAAGCCAUGAAAAAAAAAAACAAACAAAAAAAACAUUAAAAGAGUACAAGUUUCUAGGGUCCAGGAUGGCGUACGACUGGUAUGCACAUAGAAAUGCCCACAUUCACUAUAUUUGAGUGUGCCAUUGUAGGCAAAGUCAUAGGAACUACUUGCAAUAUGUUAAAAGCAAUAUACUGACCCGGUUGUUGUUUGUCACUGAGUAAAAAUGUGGAUUAAAAAAAAAAACACACACACACACAAACAAAAAGAUGAGACGUUUAAAAGUUGUUGUCGGUUUGUUUUGAGUAUGUCAGUAGUUCUCCACAUUCAGGACCCUAGCUGCUAGCUUCAACUGGAGCCUGGUUUGGCUCAGGGACUCCAGGUCAUGGAACCUGGUUAUAGAGAACGGAGGCGGGGGGGGGGGGGGGGGGGGUGAGAUGCUAGUGUACAUACUGUAGUAGGAGCAGGGAUCUCUAUGAAAGACUGUGCAAUCCGAGUCGUAGUCCGGGAGAGUCACGUAUGAAAAUUGUGCUAAUCACACGCUUCUCCUAGGAAGGACGUAUAUAUUCAGUGUUGUAUGUAACAAAAAAACAAAAAAAAAAAAACCCAAACAAACCCCCUGUGGUACACAAUGAGCUGGCUUACAUGUGAGCAAACGUGUGUGUCUGUAUGUACGUGUGCAUUGAACCAAUGAGCUAUAAUGAAAUCAGGGAGGACCGCAGCUCUGAUAAUGAAGCCAGUGUGGCAACAUUAAUGAUUAAAAAAAAAAAAAGAAAGAAAACAAAGAAAGAAGUAACGCUUAAGCUUAUUUUUGACUAUUCGCAGCAUUUAGCCACUACUUUCAGCUCUGCUCUUUAAUAAUAAGUGUGACGGAAUUCAUUUGAACUGUAAUGUGGAACAUGAAGUAAGUACGAUUUAUAGAUUUCUACUACCGCUGCAUAUUUUUUUUUUCAAAGCGAAAAAAAA